AGGCAGCAGGUCUGCAGUGACCAGGUUAGCACACAGAACCUAGUACCAUAUUACCUUUCACACCACCUGCAUUAUUUAACAUUUCAGGAGUGUGAAAGAGAACACCUGACACAGCCUCCUUACUUGGUAGAGCUGCUCCACCAAACAACAGCAAAGUCUUGUGAGCGUCUGCCUUUUCUUGUGUGUGUUUAUUGCUGAUAGAUCACUGGGAAUGUUUGCUGCAGCCACUAAGAACUUUGUAAAGCAAGUAGGAGAUACAGGCAGGUUGAUCCCUGUGCCGAGCCUGAGUGAGGCCGAUCGCUACCAGCCCCUUAGUCUGGUCACCAAGAAGAGAAAAAGACGUUUAUUGAAGAAGAAAAAAUAUGCCUCCACCCCGUUCUCCCUCAAAGACAUCCUGGUGGGGGAGAAGGAGAUCACAGCAGGAGUGUCUUCUUACCAGCUUCUUAACUAUGAAGACAAAUCUGAUGUGGCCCUCAACGGUCGACUGGGCAACCACAUCAUUAACGAUGUGGGCUUCAACAUUAGUGGGUCCGACUCUGUGGCUGUCAAAGCAUCCUUUGGUAUUGUGACCAAACAUGAACUGGAGGUUCCAACAUUACUGCGAGAACUCAACUCCAGGAAAGUGGACUUGGAUCACUGCCUGGUCCGUCAGUCUAAGGAUAAUGGGCGUAGUGUCCUGUGUGUGGUUGUGGAGAGCAUUCGAACGACUCGCCAGUGCUCCCUGACUGUGCACGCCGGAAUGAGAGGGACGACCAUGAGGUUUCAGAUCGACAACGGCAGGAAUCCCAAAGGUCGAGACAAAGCCAUCGUCAUCCCGGCUCACACUACCAUCGCCUUCAGCAUCUGUGAGCUCUUUGUGCGUCUGGAUGGGCGUCUGGAUAUCUGUGUAGCUCCAGAAUCCCAAGGUGGAUUUGAGAGGGAGCAGAUCAGAGAGCAACUAGGGGGCUUCAUUGGUCUAUUUUCCGUAGGCCGACUGCGUCGGUUCCUGUCUGGUAUCAUCUACGGAAACCCCUUUAGGGCAGACGACAGGACGUUUGAGGAGCUUACCCACACAGACACAUACAUGGACGACAUGGUGACAGACUACUACGAGAAGGCCGCCAGCAUGACAGAUGUGUCCACAGCCUACCUGAGGGAGAGCAGCCACACCAGAGUCAACCUGCUCAAACACAACAUCUCUAAGGGACCCUGUGCGCUGUGUGGCAUGGGAAACCAGAAGCGAGAAACCGUCUAUGGCUGUUUGGAGUGUACAUCUGGGGGCCAAAAAUAUGUCCGACUGCACGUUGUACCUUGUUUUGACCUUUGGCACAAAACAAUAAGGUGAAAAAAGGGUAUUGUUAACACAGUAGAAAAGAUUUGUUAGUAGUUUUAUUCAUUUUGCUGGUGCUGGGUUUUACAAAAGUAACAGUUUACCUCACUGUUUUAAAGUACUGUUUACUUUAAAAUAAAGAUGACAAUGCAGACUAUUUUAGUCAUUAUUUCAACAGCAGUUUAACAGUCGUCUCUUUAUGGUGUCAUGUGCAGAGUGUGUACGCUGU